AUGGAGCCUGAAGUAUCAAUUAACCCAAAUGAUAGUCAAAUAAAAGACCACAUCACCGUUGUCAACUAUAUGAGUAGAGCAAUAGUGGUGUUUAUGAAAUCAGGCUCACAACCCGUACAAAUCGAUAAUACGAAAUACCUCACUACCAUCUUCCCAGGUGGCACUAAACAAAGUAUCGCAAAGCGUAUUGCUGAUGGUCAACCGAUUUCUACAAACCUCCUCGUCACAGGUGAAAUCGGAUACCUCUUUAUAUUUGUAGCGGUCAAUGAAGAGGGUAAAGUACCGAGAUAUAUGCAAUUGGUCGACAGAAGAGUAGUAGUUGGAUCAAGAUUCAAUGUUCUAACAAAACAUUAUUAUGCAGCCAUACAGACCGAUACUCGUCAGUUUGAUGAACACUUUCAACUGAUCAGAAAUGAUGUUCAACCAGCACCACUCUUUUAUGAAUUGUCUUACCCAAGCCCCACCGAUCAAGAAGAACAACAAGAAGACUAUGAAGAUAUAAAAUAA